AUGGUUGGUAUCAAAGAUGGAGCUCGGAAAUCUACAUCUGGUCUCAGCUUGGCUGCAAAAUCUUCCGCUGGGGUUUCAUGGCUCAUGAUGGUUCAAGUGGUAUCGAAGUUGCUUACCUUUGUAUUGAACCAAUUGUUGAUCCGAUUUAUAUCUCCUAAAGUGUUUGGUGUUUCUGCGUAUUUGGAGUUUAUAGUCAAUGUGAUACUUUUCUUUAGUCGAGAAGCUGUCAGACUAGCGAUUCAACGGGUGAAACUUUCUGACAAAAAGAACGAUGUCGAAGAAGCAACUACCGCCGCUAUUACUGGCUACUCUGAUCUGACAGAAACUGGUCUUUUACAAAGUAUCAUUAACUUUGGUUAUGUUCCAUUGGCUAUUGGAGUGCCAUUUUCUUUGGUGGUGGUUUGGUAUCAACUGAAAAGUGCUACAUUCCUGAACUCUGUUCGUACUUUGCCAAACCAUGAAUUUUCUAUGGCAAUGAUUUGGAUUUCAAUAAUGCUUGAAUUGAUAGUCGAACCGGUUUAUUUGGUUAACCAAUAUCAGUUGAAUUUGGCAAAGAGAUCCAAAGUCGAAGGCAUGGCUGUGUUGUUUAGAUGUUUGGUAACUUUCUUUAUUAUCUUUGGUGUGUCUAGAUGGACGAACUUAUAUCAAACCCAAUUACAAUUUGAAGGUUACACUGUUUUAGCAUUUGCAAGUGGACAAUUUGCUUAUUCCUUUACAUUGUUUUUAUUAUACAAUCUUGAUUUUCAAAAAUCAUAUCCCAAUAACACCAGAAUGAUUCAACCCAUUUCGUCGAAGGGGGGAAAUUCAGUUUAUUGGUUAAAUCCUAGUGUGCUAGCUAUAUGGAAGAGUUUAGUGGCUCAGAUGUUUCUAAAACAAAUAUUAACUGAAGGUGACAAAUUAUUGAUUAAUUACUUGUGUACUGUCGAAGAACAAGGUGUCUAUUCAGUUGUAUCCAAUUAUGGAUCAAUUAUUGCUAGAUUAUUAUUCCAACCAGUAGAAGAAUACGUUAGACUUUUUUUUACCCGGUUAUUGGCAGUUAAACUGAAAUCAAACCUAGACGAAGCUUCAAGAACUUUAACCUACAUUGGUAUAUUUUAUGCCAAUUUAUCAUCAAUAAUUCUUCUUGCUGGGGUUCCUAAUGGGCCCUAUAUAUUGGGCUUUCUUCUUGGAAGGAAAGGAGGCUGGAGUAAUACGAAUUUGUUUGAGGUUUUCCAACAAUACAUUAUCUAUAUCCCAUUUAUGGCAUUCAAUGGAGUUUUAGAAGCAUUUUUCAGCUGUGUGGCAUCCAAAUCUGAGCUUGUAAACUUCUCCAAAUUCUUAACUGGUCAAACAUUAGCGGUAUUUGUGACCAUGUACGUCUUAAUCGGACGAAUGGACCUUGGAAUUAGUGGGUUUAUCCUAUCCAAUUGUUUCAACAUGCUUUUAAGAAUUGCUUAUUGCUCCAACUUUAUAAUAAAGUUCUUCAGAGGUUAUGGAUACAGUAUUACGUUAUUACUGGCAAUUGCAAGAUUUAAAAACACAUUCCUAAUAACAGCAAUCGCAUUUGCUAUUGAAUAUAAGUUAAUAAUAGGGGGCCCAACAACUUCAACUUUCCGUCAAUUGGCGUCCAAUGUUGUGGUAUGUUUAUUUGCCCUUCUACUGUGUUUAAUAGCAGAAAGAAAUCUACUUCUAGCUCUUUACCGAGCUAGAAUAGGGAAGAGGGUUUAG